AUGGGCAACGGAAACUCAAAGUCGCCACAGCAGCUGUUGCAGGGCUAUCCGCAGCCACUCUCACAGUCGCAGUCGACUCGUCCGAGCGAAUCCGAAAAGAGUCUUCCUCUGCCCGAGCCUGGCCAGCCAGCCCCGGCCGGAGAUGCUGCCGCUAUUCCGAUCGACGGGGCAAAGGCCCAGCCCGGAGCCGCCCCUGGGAGCACUCUCGCCCCGCGAUCCCCGCCUAUCCUCAUCGGCUCGCCAAAUGUCCAACCCGGCUCGCUCUCGUCCUCGACUCCUUACGACAAUUCCUCUGCCGUCGAGGUGUCACCCUUGACGAGGGCCACCCUCUUUGCCCAGGCUGCCGGCAAGACCGACCUCAAGUUCGACAUUGACGACAUCAUCCAGCGGCUCAUCCAGGCCAGAUCCCAAAAAUUCAGCAAAACCCCAUGCAUCAAAAACUCUGAAAUCACCUGGAUAUGCCAAAAGAUCCGCGAGGUCUUGUUGGACCAGCCUGUGUUAUUGGAGCUGAACCCGCCCGUCCACAUCGUCGGCGACAUCCAUGGGCAGUACAAUGACCUGUGCCGAGUCUUUGACAUGUGUGGCUACCCGCCGUCAGCCAACUACCUGUUUUUGGGCAAGUACCCUUAUUUGCUGUGCAACAGCCGCGACUAUGUCGAUCGAGGAAAGCAGAGUCUCGAGACCAUCCUGCUGCUCUUUUCGUACAAAAUCAAGUACCCAGAGAACUUUUUCAUCCUGCGAGGCAAUCACGAAUCCGCAUCCGUGAACCGAGUCUAUGGAUUUUACGAUGAGUGCAAAAGACGGUGUAACUUGAAGAUCUGGAAGGUCUUCACCGAUGCUUUCAACUGCCUGCCCAUCGCAGCCAUCGUUGCUGAGUUGAUUUUUCUCGCUAUCUUCUGCGUUCAUGGCGGGCUGUCACCGAGCCUAAACAACAUGGAUGAGGUUCGCAUGAUCGAGCGACCUUGCGACGUCCCGGACUUUGGUCUGCUCAACGAUCUUCUGUGGUCCGAUCCGAGCGAAACUGCCAUUGAUUGGGAGGACAACGAGCGCGGCGUUAGCUACUGCUUUGGGAAAACAAUCGUGACUGAGUUUUUGGCCAAGCACGACUUUGAUCUGGUCUGCCGAGCACACAUGGUUGUGGAGGAAGGAUACGAGUUCUUCAACGACCGGACUCUUGUCACCAUCUUCUCGGCCCCCAACUACUGUGGUGAAUUUGAUAACAAGGGAGCGGUCAUGGCCGUGAACGAGGAGCUGAUGUGCUCCUUCGAGAUUCUGCAGCCAAAGAUCAUACAGCCCCAGUUUGGCCGCAAUAAGCGACGACUAUCGCCGCCAAUGCUCCCCUCUGUCACGCCUUAA